GCUCCCGAGCUUGUCUCUCCAGGAAAUGAAGUGAGUGUUCCAUGCCCGCACGUGCGGAAUCAGCUGCCCGUGGAACCAGCCGCUCCAUCAAACCCAGUAAGAGGACGUGGGAGGGAGCUUGGGGAGAAUCGGGCUGCCUGGCGCCUGCCUGAUUUGAUUUGCAGAGCUCCGGUUCUGUUCCUGUAGGUCUGCUGCUGUAGCCUUAGCGGCUUUAGCGGGGAGUAAGUUAAGACCCAAUAGAUUUAUUUAUAUAUAUGGUGAUAUAAAAGAAGUCAGAAAGGAAACUGCUCAUUUUGGGGGUUUGAGGACUUUCUCCUCUUAUUUAUUUAUUUAACCUCAAGAAUACCCGGGAUGGGUUUAUCCUAGCUGUAACUCCUUAUAAGUUUGCUACAAUGGCUUCUUGGAGGAAUCUGUUUUCAGUUUGCACGAUGUACAGUGGUACCUCAGGUUACAUAUGCUUCAGGUUACAUACGCUUCAGGUUACAGACUCCGCUAACUCACAAAUAGUGCUUCAGGUUAAGAACUUUGCUUCAGGAUGAGAACAGAAAUCGUGCUCCGGCGGAGCGGCGGCAGCAGGAGGCCCCAUUAGCUAAAGUGGUGCUUCAGGUUAAGAACAGUUUCAGGUUAAGAACGGACCUCUGGAACGAAUUAAGUACUUAACCCGAGGUACCACUGUAUGUGAUACAGUGAACGAUUGUACAGAUAAAUGGAGGAGUUAAUGGAUGGACGGGACUAUAUUUAGCUGGGCAGUCACCCAAGAGAUACGAGGUACCACAAGCGGCUCCCAAAGCCUUCGUUUCCUAAAGCAUUGACAUGUGUUUUCACUUGGACUAGCUGAUGUUUUCAUGACCACGUGUGUGUUUUUCUCCCCUCAGAGUUUCCACUUACUUUGGUCAUUAUGAUACAAGGCAGCUCCUGCUUUGAAUCUGAACUCGAUUUCUGCCCCGAGUGCGGUACUGUCCUGCCUUUGCCGGGGAUCCAGGACAAGGUGACAUGCCCCUGUUGCUCUUACUCCAUUGAUGUGCGAGGUAAGGGCUUUGGUCUCUUCCUGACACAUUCUGGGGAGGCCCCAGGCAGGCAGACAAGCAAUGUGGCUGAGUUUCAACUUCCGACUGAGUCUGUUCACGUUAGAAAUUCCUGAAGGCUGGUGUGGUCAUCCAAGAGGUGGACAUAAGUAUAAUUGUGGGCUGCAUCUCUACACUCACCCAACUUCAGAUGUGGAGCUGCUAUGUAAAUACCUAUAACACUUUUAGGAAUCUCUCAUUAAAAGAGGAAUAGCAAUUAUGCACCCCUCUUGAAAAGUUUUGGGGGAGGGGUCACCAGUUUUUCUUCCACAAAAUUUUGAGUAUUUUGAGGUGCCUGCAACAGAUUUUGCCUGGACUGAAAAAGAAUGGGGAAGCUUUCUGUGCUCUCAGAUUGGUGAAAGUGUAGAAUGGCCUUGUAAAUAAACCCACAACAGUUGCUAUCCUGCUAUUUUAGGGUUGUUCUUUUUAAUUCUCUGCUAAGAGGCUGAUAGGCUGCAUUUCUGUGCUGACUGUGGAUGAAGGAUUGCCUUCUCCUCUCCACCACUAGCAGUCUAGCAUGGAAACCAAGUGAACUGUUGGAAGAGGGGCCAGGUGUGUAUGAAUUGCUGCACCCCUCCAUCAGCUUGUUGUCUUGAUGCCAGGCAUUGAGAAGAUGAACCCACUCCUUAAGGAGCCAGCAUAAGAAUGCAGCAGGCUAACACAGGAGGGAUGGAGUCAUCUGUCUCUCAGCUGCUACCUUUCUCAGUUGCCUGUAUGGGAGUCCCUACACAUGCCUGUUUGGAUUUCCUUGACACCUGUGGCUGCCAGGUUAGAUAUUAAAUGGAAGGCUGUUGUAAAGAGUAUUAGGAGGGGCUUUUAAGCUUGCAUCUUUGAGUUCUGUUCUCUGUUGUUCCUCAUAUGUUUCUUCUCUACACAGUUUUUGAGAUGCGAGUUGUGCAUACAUCUGUCACAUUCAACAGUGCAGAUUCCACCUCUUUGAAGACGGAGGAUGAAGGAAGCUCAGUCAAGGGACCAUUGGUAAGUGGAUGGGGAAAUGAAAGUAGGUGUUAUACUGGAAUGAUUCAGUUGUCUGUAGCAAAGGCCUCCCAAGAUCUUUGAUUCUUUAACUCAAACGAGGUAGCUCAGAACUGGUGGGGUGGCUGCUAGGAUUUUGCUGGCCAAGAACUGGAAAACACAAGAAGUGCCAACAGUGGAAGAAUGGCAGAUGAAGAUGAUGGACUUUUGGGAGCUAGCCGACCUGACUGGACGAGUCUGCAACCAGAAGGAGGAGGACUACCAGGAGGAAUGGAUGAAAUUCAAAGACUAUUUAGCUAAAUAUGCUAAGAUAACUUAAUUAGAAAUACUUGCAAGUACCAGAUUGGCUUAGGAUUUAAAUAUGUGAUGUUAUAGAAUAAUAUGUUUAAAGUUUAUAUGAAAAGAAACAAAGAUGUUACUUGACUAAGUAAAUUUUAUGAGAAAUUAGUUUUGGAAAACCUUCACAAUGAUAUACAUUGAAACUCAGCCAGGGGGACUUGAGGAAGUCACUUAAUAAUGUUAACAAAAGUGGAAUUAUUACAGUUAGGAUUUAUGUUUGUUUGUUUGUUUAUAAAUUUGGGAAAUCAAUAAAAAAAAUUGGGGAAAAAACAAAACUGGUGGGGUGGCAUGCAAGUUGUCAGGACAGUGAUACUGUUCCAUGCCUGCAGGUAUACUUGUUUACAGUGGACUAUAUAAAAGAGUACAGAAUUUAUAAUUUGACCCUGCCAACAUUAAACUUUUAGAUGCACACUUUUAAAAUAUGAAUUGUGGAGGGUGAGCACAAUUUUCUCUUUGAGUUUUGGAUUUUCAGUGUGGAACUUAAACAACAGCAACAUAAUUUGUAUCCUGCCCAUGAAAUCUGGCUGACAUGGUUCCCACAUCAGGAAGAAAAUGUUGGGGGCACAAUUGUAAUUCCCAGAUUUGCAAUUUGGGUGCUGAGCUUGGAAUUUUAGAUGUCUUUAUAUUCUUUUCUCGAAGCAGGUUCUCUGAAUGAAAUUCCAAAUGGGGAAAUCCACCUCCCGGUCUGAAUCUAUCCUAUGUUUCUCCUCUCAGAUUGACAGGAAGUGUCCCCAGUGCGGGAACGAGGGCAUGGCAUACCAUACGCGGCAGAUGAGGUCUGCGGAUGAAGGGCAGACGGUCUUCUACACCUGCGUUCGAUGCAAGUAAGGAUAGGCUACUAACAGCUUGUUCACGCCUCUCUUGGACACCCUGUUCGCUUUGUCCAUGCUUUGCAAAAUAUGUUUGUUUGUCCCCUAUUGGAUUAUUAGCACCAUGAGCAACCCCAUCCACCCCAACUGAUUUGCCAAGAAACAUGUGCUACAAACUUUUAUUAAGAUUGCAUCAUCCAGCCUGGUUUUGAGACAAAGAACUUGGGUUGCCUUGGUGAAUAGUCUCCAUUGGGACCUAGUUGACGCAUCCCUGUUGGUUCUGCUGGGCUUUGCAGUAGGUUUCAACUCUUCUGAGCUGCCUACAAAGGCGAGGAAGUUGCCUUUUCCUGUGUCAGAACAUUGGUUCAUUUAGUUCAGUUUUGCCUACACCAGGUGUAAGGAACCUUCCCCCCCCCAUCCGUGGCCAUUGACCAUGCUUGCUAGGGCUGAUGGGAGUUGUAGUUCAGCAAUGUAUGGAGACCAAAGGUUACCCAUGCAUGGUCUACAUUGACUGGUGGCAGCUGUCCAGUGUUUCAGACAGGAUAUUUGCAGCCCUACCUGGAGAAGUCAGGGGUUGAACCUGGACCUUCCCUCUGAGCUAUGGCCCUUCUGAUUCAGCAGGUAUCACUUUCCAUUCAGCACCAGCUGGUCUGCAGUGACUGGCAUCAGCUCCCCAGAGUCUUUCCCUACCCUACAUAGAUGUGCAGUGGGUUGAACCUAAGACCUUAUGCAUGCAGAACGGUCAUUCUUAUCGCCAUGCCACUGUCCUUCCCUAGGAUGAAUGCUGGAGAUACCGCUUUAUGAUGGUUCUCAUGUUUCUAGGAGAGUAGGUCUCAUAAGAUGGUAUUGAGGGAAGAUCUGCGUACCUCCAUGGCUGUUGCCUUUUGAGGGCCUGUGAGAAUCCAUCUCACCCCUGACUUUCCUCAGUACGGUAUCUACAUGGACACUACUGGGAGAGGUUGCUCAAGAGUUUUGGAGUGCAGUGCUACAAAACACCAUUCUCUUUGUCAUCCAAUCACCAUUCUCUGUGAGUUGCUUCGUUGGCAAGUUCCAUUGGGGAAUGGCCUUACAAAUACAUAUGUAUUUGUUUUUCACUUCCAGGUUCCAGGAAAAGGAAGAUUCUUGAUCGGCUUUACCCAAAUGUGUGGGGGACACUGUGUCCGAGGAACUUCACUUCUGAGGGUCAUUUUUGUCUAGUUACUGUGGCCGUGGAGUCCUUUUUGGGUUCCAUGGAAGCAUUCUGUUACUUGAGAUGGGGGAUUUCGUGCAUAGUGCUUGUAGCUCCCCUUGUAACUCUACGCAGAAUAAAGCACUUUAUGGUUUUCUUUGCAUAUGCAUCAUAUUGCUGGUUUGGUGGUCAAUGAGGGAGAGGGGGCUG